AUGCAGGCGAGUCAUUUGAUGAUCUAUACACCAAUGAUCAGUUCUCGCACCACGGCAGAAGAUCUCCAUGGACUUUACAGUGUUACGUUAUCCCUCCACGCUACAGAUUCAUCAGAUGAUAGGGCACUGAUGGCUGAUUUCCAACGUCUCCUCGAGUCGACAUUGGAUGGACACGUAAAUGCCAGCGGGGAUGCGCCAGGAGGGGACUCGAAGAUUCUUGCCGCUGAUGACUUUAUGAUUCGCCGGAACGUCACGCAAGCGGAGCAUGAGGUUAAUGAGAAGAAAAGAAUAUCAGGGAAGCAGAGACAGCGAGAGAAUAAGCAGAUGGGAGAGCAAGCAGACAAGAGAGAGAGAAGGCAAGCAGACAAGCAGAGACAAGACAAGCAGACGGGAGAGAAGGCAAGCAGACAAGAGAGAGAAGACAAGCAGACGCGAGGAAGAGAAGGCAAGCAGAUGGGAGAGAGAAGGCAAGCAGACGCGAGGAAGAGAAGGCAAGCAGACAAGAGAGAGAAGGCAAGCAGACGCGAGGAAGAGAAGGCAAGCAGACGAGAGAGAGAAGGCAAGCAGAUGAGAAGAUGGCAAGAAGAAGAGCAGAAUGAGAGAGGGAAAAGACCAAGCAUGAGAAAAGCCCAAACAAUUGAAAACGCAGGAUACAAAAAAAAUACAGAACCUAACCCUAAGUAA